AUGGAGGCAGCCUUCUUUCCGUUGCCUUGGUACUCUCCUGACCUAACAAGUAAAAAACACCAUGAGCAUCUACCAAAGCUUUUCGUCAAUCCCUCUGCCAUGGCCUCCACUGUAUCAUACUCCGCCGGCCUCGUCGCCGCCUGCGCGUCUCGGUCUCCGCAGCGGCAUGGCGUUAGGAGGAGUGUCCGAAUCAGAGCUACAGAUGGAGCGAGCAUGGAUGGCUGGGCAGCGCGGCUUGAGGCCCCGGUUGCGGUUGUCACUGGAGCGUCCAGAGGGAUUGGCAGAGCCAUAGCUGUGGCUCUUGGCAAAGCAGGGUGCAAGGUGGUUGUGAACUAUGCCAAGUCAGGCAUGGAAGCUGAAGAAGUGUGCAGAGAGAUUGAGGAGUCCGGUGGCACGGCGAUCAGCUUCUCCGCCGACGUCUCCUGCGAAGCCGAGGUCGAAUCCAUGAUGAGAGCUGCAAUUGAUGCUUGGGGAACUCUGGAUGUCCUGGUAAACAAUGCAGGGAUUACACGAGAUGCGCUGCUGAUGCGGAUGAAGCGGACGCAGUGGCAAGAGGUGGUCGACGUCAACCUCACGGGUGUCUACCUCUGCGCCCAGGCCGCCGCAACGUUGAUGAUGAAGAGGAAGAGGAAGAAGGGAAGGAUAAUCAACAUCGCAUCGGUUUCCGGGAUCAUCGGCAACGUCGGGCAGGCCAACUACUGCGCUGCCAAGGCUGGGGUGAUCGGGCUGACCAAGGCCAUGGCCAGGGAGUAUGGGAGCAGAAACAUCAAUGUGAACGCUGUUGCUCCGGGCUGGGUUUCGUCUGACAUGACCGCGAAACUCGGAGAAGACAUGGAACGAAAGGCGAUCGAGACCAUACCGUUAGGACGGUUUGGCAAGCCAGAAGAGAUCGCCGGCCUGGUGGAGUUCCUGGCCGUUCAUCCUGCUGCGAGUUACAUCACCGGACAGGUGCUCCCUGUUGAUGGUGGCUUGUCGAUUUGA